CAGUCUGCAAGAGAAAAGGAACAACUAACACAGAAGAUCAUCUACCUUGAAACAGAUAUUAACGGUUAGUUUUAUGUGGUCACGCAUGCAUGAAAAGAAAAGUGCGCGCGGACUAGGAAGCCAUUUUACUAGGAGUUACCGAUCCCCCCCUCCCUCCUGCUUCUCGUUCCGUAAUAGAUAGUUCCGUCUUUUGUGUUUUCCCGGUUAACUUUAUCGCUCAGACCUUGAAUUUGUUCAAACGUUUAUAAUAAGUAACUGCAAUAUUAAUUUGUGUUUUAACAGCUAAAGAGAAGGAGAUUGGCUUUCUUAAGCAAACUCUCUUUGGAAAUGACAAAGAAAUUGCUGAUCUCAAAGAAAAACUGUCCCAGCUAAAACAUACUGUGCAAAGAACUCAAUCUGAUUUUUUCAAGCACAUGGCAUCAAUAGACAAAAAGCUACAGGAGGCAAGAAACAACAUUGCCGAGCUAAAGGGGGGCCUUAAUUUUACUGUCCAGAAGAAUAAAACAGAAGCAGAAGAGUCCCGGAGUAAACCACAAACGGUUAAUGGUGAGUAUGUAAAGUGGGAUGGCGUUGUAUCAACUGAGUGGUGA